UAGCGACCCGACUCCAAAAGCAACCGAGUAACCGACCUCUGCCUUAACCCGGAAGACAAGAAUCGACGUCGCAGCACAAAAACUCCAUUGAUUGAUUAUUUGUCUUCUUUCCCAUUUUUUCAAUUCCCUAUUAUCCUUCCUUCUUCUCAAUUUUUUUUUCGUUUAUUAUUUCUAGAAAUUAUAAGUCAAAAGCUGAUCUGCUGCUAUUUUUGGGUUCAAUAGAAACAAAUUAUUAUUAUAUGUAGAAAACGAGGGAAAAAGAAUACAGCGAGAGCGAUGCAAAGGGCUGUUGACAAUGUUCUGGCUGUCACCAAAGAGUCGGUAAAGACGUUCACUUAUGAAUCACUGAAUAAUAUUGUAAGAUUAAUAAAUGGAAUAUCAGCAAUGUUAUUGGCUAUCUUGCCUGGAAAGGCAUCAAUUCUUGAAGGCAUUCAUGGUUGGGAGCUUAGGCCUACUUUGCGUGGACCUCGACUUCCACGCUGGAUGGAGAAUGGCGUAUCAUCUUUCAAUCAGUUCAUUCAUGAACUCUCAGUUGAUUCCGAUACAUCGUCAAGUGUAGAUUAUUCAUCUGAUGGAGAAGAUAGUGAUAAUUAUCCUGGAACUCCUUUAUCACAAAGUUCCCGAUUCUCGAGGGAGAGCAGUUUUUCCAAGCUCAAUCGGAGUUGGAUAUAUUGGAUUGGAUGUAUUAUUUCGUGGCUUUUGUUUCCAGUGAAGUUCCUUUUUGGGAUUCCACUUUAUCUCUUUACUUCAGUUUCUCAUACAGCUUCCAAAGCCUUUGCAAGGCCAGGAAACCUCCAUCCUUCGACUGCACAUUCCCCUAGAAGACGGCAAACCCUUAAAGACCAUUUUGUUCAACGGGCUACUGAUCGCAGACGUGGUGUUGUUGAGGAUCUCCACCUAGCGACUGAGAUCUCCAUCGAAUAUGCUUUUGACGUUGUUCACAAGGCGGCGUACUGUCUUCUAGCACCGGCAGACACCAUUAGAAGGCUAUUUGGAUGGUUUUCUUCUCAGAACAAUAGUCAAGAGGAUAUUCCUUCUGAGGGUUUUGUCACCUCCGUCUCCACAUCUGUUCUGUCGGAUAAUGAUCCAACUCCUUUGGAAAGGAGAACGACUUUCCACAAUUCCCUCAAUACAGAUGCUCGGACAUGUCAAGAUGUGAUAACAGAACUGGGGUAUCCUUAUGAAGCUAUCCAUGUGGUUACAGCCGAUGGUUAUGUACUUCUGCUGGAAAGGAUCCCAAGGAGAGAUUCUCGGAAAGUUGUUUAUCUGCAGCAUGGAAUAUUAGAUUCAUCUAUGGGUUGGGUGUCCAAUGGAGUUGUUGGUUCUCCGGCUUUUGCAGCCUUUGAUCAAGGAUACGAUGUUUUUCUUGGGAAUUUCCGUGGCUUGGUUUCGAGAGAACAUGUCGACAAAAAUAUCUCAUCACGGCAAUAUUGGAAUUACUCAAUCAACGAGCAUGGAACUGAAGAUAUACCAGCUAUGAUAGAAAAGAUACACGAAAUUAAAGUUUCUGAAUUGAAGUCCAACCAAACCGAUCCAGAGGAAGAAAUCACCACCGAACAACCGUACAAAAUCUGCGCAAUUUGCCACAGCCUGGGCGGAGCUGGCAUACUAAUGUACGUCAUAACACGUCGAAUAGCCGAAAAGCCCCACAGGCUAUCAAGAAUGAUCCUCCUAUCGCCAGCUGGCUUCCACCACGAUUCCAGCUUCAUGUUCACUUCGGUCGAGUACUUGUUUCUCUUUCUAGCUCCUGCCUUAGCACCGUUCGUGCCAGCUUUCUACAUACCCACAAGGUUUUUCCGCAUGCUGCUAAAUAAGUUGGCUCGUGACUUCCACAACUUACCCGCAGUUGGUGGAUUGGUACAGACGCUCAUGAGUUACGUUGUCGGGGGUGACAGUUCGAACUGGGUCGGGGUGUUGGGUUUGCCCCACUACAAUAUGAACGACAUGCCAGGUGUCGCAUUCCGAGUGGCCCUCCACCUGGCGCAGAUGAAGCGCGCGAAGAAGUUUAUCAUGUUCGAUUACGGAAGCGCGGCCGCGAACAUGGAAGCUUAUGGUUGCCCCGAGGCGUUCGAUCUUGGGGAGUACUAUGGAUUUAUUGAUGUGCCCGUCGAUCUUGUUGCCGGAAUAAAGGAUAAGGUGAUAAAGCCGUCGAUGGUGAGGAAGCAUUACAAGGUGAUGAAAGAUGGUGGGGUGGACGUUUCGUACAGUGAGUUCGAGUAUGCGCACUUGGACUUCACUUUCUCGAAUCGAGAGGAACUUUUGUCCUAUGUUAUGUCGCGUUUGCUAUUAGUGGGGGCCCCACCGAAGCAGGCUGUGGUUAGACCGAAAUCUCUCAAGUUGAAAAGGAGAGACACAAACACAAGUAGGGAAAAGCUAAAUGAAUGAUGAAGAGCAUCAUAUAUACCUGAGACUUGGGCUUUUAUAAGUUUUUUUCUGCUUGUUUGUACUAAUAUGUAAUACAAACAAUACUACUGCAUAUACGAAUUAGUGUCGGCUGUCCUUACUGUAAUUAUCGAUAGAUAGCGCCUUUUAUCGGUUUAUGUCCAUUUUUUUCACCUGGAAUUAGAACUGAUUCGGCCUUUGUGGAGCUAAUAGCAAGAAACCGGUGUUGUGUACCGAUAAUAUGUUGUCUGUAAAGUUAAAUAUCGGACUAUUGAUGAAACUAAUAUAUUUUAUGGUACAAUCAGUGAAAGUCA